AAGGCGGCCUGUGCUAAGCCCAGGAGGUCGGUUUGUGCCAGGCCAAGGAAGCCGAAAUGCGAGAGCAACUGCACCAAGCCGGGUCCAGUCAUCAACAACGGGUAUCUGAACUUUGUGCGUGAGUUCCGCAAGAGGAACUGUGACCUCAGUCCACAGAAACUGAUCGCGAAGGCCGCCCGAGCUUGGCAGUGUUUGCCCGAGGAGGAAAAGGAUCGCUUUCGCCGCAUGGCCUGCAGGGUGGCCACCAGUCCGCGUCAUAAGCGUCGCCGUGUUUGCAAUAUGCACUGAAAUUCC